AUGGUACCACAACCGCUACCACCAUCAGUCCUACCGGAAGACUUCCUCUCCAAACCAGCAAACGACAUCACAGUCAACAAGAUCGACUUCAGCAAGACUUCACUUCCAGAAUACGACGGUCUUUACGCUGUCAUCCUCGACAAUGUCUUGACCCCGGAAGAAUGCAACCAAAUGGUCAAAGCAGCAGAAGCAAGCACAGACAAAGGCUGGGAGCGCGCCAUGAUCAAUGUCGGUGGCGGAAGGCAAGCGCUCAUGCUCGACUCACGCAACUGUGGCCGUAUAAUCUGGGAUCAAGCUGAGAUCGCUACAAAGGUCUGGAACCGCAUCGAGCACCUACCUGAAGUGCAGGAAAUCGUCCGUCUCGAGCAAGUCCCACGCAUUUUCGGCAAUGGUCCCCAGAAGCGCGGUGAGGUCUGGAAGUUUUCUCGCCCGAAUGAGAGAUUGCGAUUCUUGAAGUAUGUCGGUGGCGAGUACUUCCGUCCUCACUGCGACGGUAGCUACGAGACGCCAGAUCGGAAAGAGAGGUCGUACUUCACGCUCCACCUGUAUUUGAACAAUGCCGGCGCGCCUUCGAAGGAGGAGAUGGAGGGUAUGGAUGCGAAGGAGAGGCUGAAGUUUGCGAAGAUGGAAUUGACGGGCGGUGCGACGACGUUUCACUCGAUGAGUAUGGAUAGGAGCGGGGACUUUGAUGUCAUGCCGAAGACUGGGAGAGUUUUGCUGUUUCAGCAUCGCGAUUUGCUGCAUUCGGGGGAUGAUGUCUUGCAAGGGACGAAGUAUACGAUGCGGACGGACUUGAUGUAUUCGUUGGAGAGUACGAAGAGUGAGUCGAAAAGCAGGAUGCCAAUAUUGGAGGACUGA